AUGGCCAUGGCCGAUGCAGAGGAAGGGGUGAUAUGGACCGAAGAGAAGAGCAAGAUGAUGGCUGUGGGUCUUGGGGGCCGAACUGAUGCCCUCGAGCUGUUAUUUAUCAUGCCUCUUGAAGAACGUUUCUCUUUUCUCAUAACGCCCGGAAUGAUUAAACUUUUAGAUUCCAGAGUUUCGUUUGCGGGGGUGGAGUCAUUUGAGACAUCCAACCCAGAAGUUGAAGUGGCCCUUCCCCAGAUUUUCAAAGACGGUGAUUUAACCCGCGCCCUACUACCCUUGCAAUGUGAUACUGCGAUCGCAUGUUUCGCUGAAAUAACCAUGCGCGCGUGCAAAGUGGAUCCUCUUUUGAUCAGCAGAGAGUUCCCUCUCGGCCGAUUAUCUGGGCGACAAGCUUUCUCUAAAGCGGGAAGCGAACCUGACUUGCUAGGACCGUGUGAGCCUUACCGAUCUUUUGAACCCACAGAUGAUCAUGUAUGGGCUGACUGCUUGGUUAACCACAGCGCUGAUGUGCUCCGAUAUUGCUUUGGAUCCGAUGCUGAGAGCACCCAUGUCGCCGCAGCAGAUACAACAUCUGCUCAACGCAUUUCUCAGUACGAAGAACUCUGCUUUUUGAUGAGUCAUGGGAAGAGUUUCACCCUCUCUAUUUCCUUCCCAUCUAUGCCCGCGAGGCAGACCACCCGCGGGGAGAAGCCUUUCCCAAGAUUUGGUAUCUCAACCACUGCCACGUUGCUGGUCCAUCGUUUUAUGGAUAUGGGGCAUCGAUCUAUCAACCAGUACAGCCCACCGCGCCUGGUCGUGGCUAGUAUGGCUAUCCGUAUGUGUGGAGAUCGAUUCACCAUGCAGGUCAACGAAGAGGCAUUGCUCACUCUUCUUGUUAUGCUUAAAGAGAAUCAUGCCAGGCGCAGGCAGCAACUUCUGAAGAAGGCUUGGGGUUGGUUUUUAAAGAGCAAUAUUAUGGUCUUAAGACAGAGUGGUCAACAUGCUACCAAUAGACGUGAUUCUUCAAGCUAUUUUAGUGAGGGUGACACCAUACUAGUUAAGCUCAAUAUGCCCGAGCACCGUUACAGGAGCUUCAUUUCAAACUCCCUUAUUACACCAAGCCUAUUGCGUGUUCCUAUGGUCCUCACACCUGGUGCCCUCAUGUCCAGGUACAAGCACAGUCUCCCCACUACCGACACCUUAGGCGUUGAGAUCUCCACAGACUGCGAUGCUCAGAAGGAGGCGGAGGGCAUCGUAGCCCGUCUCUCUACAGCCACAUCAAAGGGAGAUGCGCAAGCUUUCACUGGGCUGUUCCUCAAUUAUGGUGAGACCCUUUCAGCAACAAGAUCCGAAAUCUGGACUUUAGAUGACUUUGAAUGUACAGGCGUGUGGCGUGACAAGCUCUUAUUCACCUGGGACUUCCACACAUUUAACUUCAGAGAGGCCAUCUCAAAGGCCGCUACCGACCUUUUGCCUCAAACCAACGCUAGAAAUUUCGACUUUCUCGAGCCUGCGACUUCGGUGCCUCGCCCUUACCCUGACUUCUCUCCGUUACAAUUUGUUGUAUCCUUCGAGACUGAAAUUGUCCUUGCUUCGGCCGUCAUCAAUGCGGUCCUCACUCAAGAUGGCUGGAGAAUUUACACCAUGCACACUGUUGCAGAGAGCCUCAAGCAGUUCCCCGAGCAGGCUGCACCAGAUGCGCACAUGACCGGUAUCACUAGCUGGGAGAGUCAUAGAGCCGAGGCCAUCAACCGUGUUGACCCCGAGGUGCUGAUCAUCGGUGGUGGUCAAAACCUCCCUGCUGGCUGA